UAUCGAUCGCAAUGGACUGAAGAGCACUUCCAGCCGAGUCACUGUUAAUUUAAUCCGUCCUCUUCGGACAAAGCUCAUCCGCAAUCGGGGGUCGUUCAAAAAUCAUCAGCACGAUGGGCGUCGGCAUGGGAUGGAGGCACCGGACGGCAUGUGGCAGCCGACUGCGGCCAUCAGAUCGGUCAUACGGAGCUCAGCAGCCCCGCCGGACUGUCGUGCAACAGCGCUGCGCCGACCGACCACAGGUAAACGGCGACCACGACCACUGCUUUGGUUUACAGUCACGAUGCUGCUCCGUCUGCGCCGCCUGCGAAGCGUCUGUCGCCUUCGUCACCCGCUGCUGAGGGAGACGCUGGCGGAACUGCUAGGAACCGCCGUACUGGUGUUUAUCGGCAACUCUACGAUAGCGAACAACGUGCGGAAUCCGCUGGUGGCGGCCGUCAACGUCCCGCUGGGUUACGUCGCCGCCGUGAUGAUCGCCGUGUUCGCCACGGGUGGUGUGUCCGGCGGCCACAUUAACCCAGCCGUGACCCUGGCGCUCUGCCUGUCGGGCCGAUGUGACCUGACCCGUCUGCUACCCUUCACCGGUGCCCAGUACAUUGGCGGCUUCAUCGGCGCGCUCCUGACGCACAUUCUAUUCUUUGAUUUGAUUCAGUCCGACACCGAUCGACUCAACCCGACAAUAUAUGGAAUAUUCUCCACCUAUCCGAACAACAGCAUAUCAAUCGGAGGAGCCUUCUUUGACCAGGUGCUCGGAACUGCCAUCCUGGUGUUCGGCAUCAUGGCUAUAUCCGACAAACAGAAUAUGAACGUGCCGAAGCCGCUGCUGCCCGUGGGCGUGGGUAUCGUUCUGUACGGAGCCAUCGCCUCGUCGUGCUCCAACACGGGCGCGGCGCUGAACCCCGCCAGGGACCUGGGGCCGAGGAUCUACUCCUUUGUCAUCGGCUACCGACAGGUGUUCAGUGUGGGUCACCAGUUCUGGUGGAUCCCGGUGGUGGCCGGCUACAUUGGCGGCCUUCUCGGUGCCUUCGUCUACCUGUUCUGCAUUGAGCUGCACCACCCGACGGCAGAGGGCGACGAGCAGAGGGAGGGGGCGCCACCAGCGGCCUCACGGGGAUGUGAGAAGGACGGCUGGGAGAACGGGGCCCUGCAGGUGGAGGGGUGCCUGUGACCCCGCCGGAGCAGACGAGGCACAGGGGGUGCCUGUGACCCCACCGGAGCAGAUGAGGCACAGGUGUGGAUGGGUGUUGGGUGCUGACUGCUGGUGACCCUCCUCAGACGAAGGACAGGUGUGGAGGGAGAAUAGAGAUGGAGUGUCGGCGAAGUGUCCCAAAUGCAGGACAUUGCGAGACAUUUCCUAUGAACCUAUCAAGAAGAGAUAGGAAGUUUACGGUGUAAUUGCUUUUUGCGCUAACCGAUGGCCCCUGUGAGAAAACAUAGGUACGUUAGUGAUCGUUUGAAGCGUGUCACAUUUACGUCUUAUAGAUGAGGCAUACCCGUAAGCCAUUUGCUGAGCUUGACAUAUGCAUAUACGGUAUUUGCAUGUCAUUGCAUUAUUCAAUGUUGGUUGCAAGCUGAAAAUUUAAAUGGCUGUGGUACAUUCAUGAUUGUUUUGGACAAUCCCUUGAGCACCGCCUUCAACUUGACGCUACCUAUCCCGGGAUGCGACCUAGAAAAGCAGCGUGAAAAGGCCUUCCGUGAUCCAUCAACUGUGCACCUUUAUGAAGGUUAACUAUCACAUCAUGAAUGCCACCUGAUAUGAUACUUGACUGUACGAGUAUCAGUACAUCUUUCAUCUCGAAUAUAACUGGCCAGUGGUCACAGACAUUACUGGA